UUGAAAUCGUGUCCGUUCGUAAAUGAAUUUCGGAACGAGACAAACUAAAAACCUUUUAAAUGACAGCUUGAUUUGGUUUGGUUUCCGCUACUGUACUAUUGUGCUAUUUUUCGGUUUUUGAUACGAAAUUCGCGAGGAAAUGUCGAUUUCAACAGCUACAGACGAGCGCACAGAAGGUGAUGAUGACACAUCACAAGGAAGUCAGCCAAAAGAUGAGAGUAGUGAGUCAGAGAAUGAAAUAGAAAAUGAAAAUGAACCCCAGAGCCAAAAUGGGGGUUCCCCAAGCCCAGAAGUACAUGAAAUUACUAGUGAUGAUGAAGAUGAUUGUGUUGUGUCCAAUGAAGAUGAAUCAUCUAAUUCUAGUACUGAUACCAAUGGGAGUUCAGAGGAAUCACAACAUAGUAAUAAACAAAUGGAAAAGGUAAAAAAUGAAGAACAGCUUGAAAAUGGUGAAGAAGAGAGUGACAUUGAGGAAGUUUCGAUGGAGGAUCCUUUAAAUCAAAGUCAAAGUAAGAACAAACCAAUAGUAGUGAGUGACACCAAAAGCUUGGUAGACCUAGCUUCAAAACAACAAAAAUCAAAUGGUGAUCAAAAUAAGGAGCCAACUGUUGUAAUUAUUGACACAAACACGAUACUUUCCGGAAAGUCCACAAUGCCUUCUACAAUACAAACUAAAACAUCUACCAGUGCAUUAGACGCUCACAACUUGUGUCAAAGCAUUGCUGCCCGUGGCACUACAAUAACUCCAGUAAGCUGCAAAACUACAGCUUCUACUCAGCAGAGCAAUGCACCUACGCCCCAACCAAACAUCUUACCAUCUUUAACAGAUGACAUGUUUGUUGUUGAAGCACCUUCUUUUAUAGUUCCCUAUGUAUAUGAAAAGCCAUCUGUAAAGCCCUUCAGGGAAUUUGUUGAUAAAUUAGGGAAAGAACUUGAGGAAAUUAAAAUUAAGGAAGAACAAGAAAAGUUAGAAAAGGAUAAAAUGGAAAAAGAGAGAAAGGAAAAAGAAAGACAAGAGAGAAUUUCAAGAGGUGAAGAUGUUGAAAAAGAGCUUGCGAGUGAAGACAUGUUAGAUGAAAAGAAAAAGUCUGAGGAUGAGGCAUUGAAGGAAAAGAGAGCUGAGAAAAGACGACGGAGACGCCUAAAUGAUGAGGAUGAUGCAUCAUGGGAUGGCGAGUCUAGUUCUGAGUCAGAUGAAGAUGGUGCAAGUGAUGAUGAUAUGGUUGUUAUUAAAGACAAAGAUGAUACUACUAUUGAUGAGUUCAAGGACUCUAUGAAUUUAUUUCCUAAGAGUGUAUCUGGAAAAUCUGAUAGUUAUUUUGAUUGUUCUUUAGGUCAAUUUUUUAUUAAUAUUGGGUUGAAUUUGGUACAAGAAUUUGUUCAGAGUGAUCUCUUGAAGCAACAGAAUCGUAAAUUGUACAAAGAAAAGAAAUCUGGUCGUAGCACAAAAGCCACAGAGUUGGCUAUUGCUUCUUUAACACAGAAUUAUGAGUUCAGUAAGAAGACAAAUGCUCCUUAUUCUUUACAAAUGAAAAAAUGUGAGUUUUGUAGUUUUAAAACUGAGUCAAUGUUGGUUAUGAGCCACCACUUGGAAGCACCUCACAUGCGAAAUAAUAUUUACAAAUGUAAUACAUGUGCAUUUGAAAUUCGUAGCCCUCACGACAUCUUGUUUCAUAUGGAAGCUGAGCACAAUAUUAGAGGCAGAUUGGAAAGGGCACCAGCAUACCAACAAUGUGCUAAUUGUCACUUUGAAGACAAUAGCAAAACUAAAUUAGCAAGACAUCUUAUUGCAUGUGCUAAGAAAUUUAAACCAGAAUUUAACUUGGGGCCCCCAUUAGAAUGGGAACCUCCAGCAAAAAUACCAAAGCUUUCAAGAGCUCGGAACAAUAUGAUGAGCCCCUAUCAGUCGAACUUUAAUCGAUCUCAGAUAAAUCUGAAUAAUAUGGGUCGGCCACCAUUGAAUGUGCCCAAUGUAAUACCAGGUAUGGCCAUACUAGGCCGGCCACGUGGUCGCCCACCCAUGGCAACACCACGACCUACAGCUGUGUCUGGUGUUCCCAUCAUACGUAGUGGUCUUAUGAUCAUGCAUAAUAAUCCACCAGCUGGUACAACUAUUUCCAAUUAUCCUAUCAUCCAAAAUAAUCAAGGUAAUAAUAAUACAUCUGCCACACCCAAGAUAUCUAUAACCCCCCUGCCCCGUGCACCCCAACCCUCAUCUUCACAGACUCCACAAAAUUCUAAGGCUGCCUUUGUUAUUUGUGAAAUAUGUGAUGGGUAUAUAAAGGAUUUAGAGCAGCUGAGAAAUCACAUGCAAUGGAUACAUAAAGUUAAAAUUCAUCCCAAAAUGAUUUACAACAGACCUCCAUUAAAUUGUCAGAAAUGUCAGUUCCGGUUCUUCACUGAUCAAGGACUUGAGAGGCAUCUUUUGGGCUCUCAUGGUUUAGUGACAAGCUCUAUGCAGGAAGCGGCGAAUAAAGGUAAAGACGCCGGUAGAUGCCCAGUAUGUGGCAGAGUGUAUCAAUGGAAGCUACUCAACCAUGUGUCCAGAGACCACAACAUGACACUGAAGCCAGCACAUCUCUCGUACAAGUGUACAGUGUGCACUGCUACAUUUGGAAUGUACAAACAGUUUGAGAACCAUGUAUAUUCUGCACAUAGCGUGGUUGCGAAACGUGUUAUGGAUAAGACUAAAACUAGUAUUCCGCCAAAGGCGACCGAUGCCGAGCCCUUGCUCAAGCCAUUAAAAAUCAGUGAUGAAAUUACAAUCAUACCGCAGCCAGCUAAAUCCAACGUGACGAUCACUGCGAAAGGUAAAUAACGUUAAUAUUGAGGGAGUGUGCGACGCUCAGGCGAUAAGCGCGCGCAUGACACCGGCCAGCCUGCUUUACGAAGGAAUGCACUUCGGUAAAUCGAGCAGUAUUGUGUAAAUAAAGCUAACUUGUAACACUUAUUUAAGAUAUCGAUGUUGAAAGGAGGAGAUAUAGUGACAAUGUAGUAAUUGUGGAUGUUAUUUUUAAUAAAAACAAAUUACAGUAUAGCUUAAGUUGUAAAUUCAAUGUAUAAAUUACAUAGAUAUCCAACAAAUUGUGUAUUUUGUGAGAAUUCCAUUGUAGGUUUCCCCCACUUUGUAUCGUGCUCGCCUCGCAGCUUGCGCACUGAAUUUUGUUUGAACGUCACAAAAGUAUUGAAGUUAAUGAUCUGUAAUCUGUGUCUUCACUGUAUAUUAGUAAGCGUACAAGUGAUGUGUGCUGUGAAUGCGCAAGUUGCACCUUUAUUUUCCUAAUACUUGUUAGACUUAUUUAUUUGCAAAAUUGCUAAUAAUUAUUAAAAUAAUUAUAUAUUGCCUAACUUUUUUAAUUUAAAUCAUAUAGUUAAUAACCUGUGUUUUUAAAUAAUUGUAACAUAUAAUUUAGGUAGUAUCUUUCCAUUUGUGUAUGUAUAAUAAAUCAACUAUGAUUAUCAUAGAUUAGUAAAGUAAGAUAUUAAGUUAAAACUUAGGAUAUAAUCUUAAUUAUUAUUAAAUUAUCUCAAAUGGAAUAUAUUGUCCUUUAAAUUAUCCCAUAGAAUAUGGACAGUGUUUUCAAGCAACUUUUAAAAAAGGAGGUUCUCAAUUCAGUUGUAUUUUUUAUUUUAUUUUUUUAAUAUUUAUUACCUCAGAAAUUUGUAAACUGAUUUGGAAAAAUAUUUUUUUAUCUGAAAGAAUACACUAUCAGAUUAGUUCCAUAAAAAUUUCAUCAAAUACGGUUCAGUAGUUUGAAUUUUAAAUUGACUGGUUUUGCUGCAAUUGAGGUCAGUUUUUUUUUGUACAACAGAAUCUAUUAUUAGUAAACAUGUAAAACUGACAUCAAUCUUAAUUCUAUCUGAUCUCGGGUCAACAGACUAAUGUUGAUUUGGUAAAGAUUUACUAAAUUGUUAAUGUACUUAUAGAACUGAAUAUAAUGUAUUUUUUUUAUUUAAUAAAAAAUACCAUUGUAACGAUU